GCGGGGCGCGGCUGGUGCGCCUGAGGAGCGAUGGCGGCGGCCUGAACUCACCUAGCCCGGCCGCCGACAGGCCCGGGCAGGGCUGCGUGCUGCAAGCGAAAGCGACGCGUGGGUCGCGGCGCGCGCAGGAGCGCAAGAUUUGCAACUCUGGACUGGGGGUUGAACUCUGGGCUUGCUACUCCAGUUUGGAUCUGUGGCUCCAUGGCCAGCUACUGGAGCCUACAGACCGGAUGAAGCAAAUUGGAAACAGAAGUGGAGAAAGCCUCCAGCUGGUACAUUCUCAGUGUAGUCCUCUGUCUGCUGGCCCUGUCCAGCCUGCCUCAUGGAGAAGAUGAACUGGUUGAGCAGGCUGGCCUCCCGGGUCCCUGGGCACCGUGUACCUCAAGGGGCCAGUCUGCAGACUCCUGUCAUGGCUGACCCUGAGACAUGCCUCAUGGUCUUCAAAAAUCAUUGGUCCCAGGUGGUUCGAAUCUUGGAGCGGCAAGGCCCUCGGGCAGCUGCUGGAGGUGCAGAUGAUCUCAGUGCUGUGAGAAACCACACGUACCAAAUGCUAACAUUGCUGGCAGAGGAUCGGGCAGUCCCUUCGGCUCCCUUAGGCCCUGGGCCCCUGUUAGAGUUUGCUCUUCGUGAGGAUCUGUUGAGCAGAGUGUUGACCUGGCAGCUGCAAUGGGAUGAACUUGGGGAUGGGGUUGAGGAGCGUCGGGCUGAGCAGCUGAAACUAUUUGAGAUGCUAGUGAGUGAAGCUCGCCAGCCUCUGUUGAGGCACGGGCCAGUUCGUGAGGCUCUACUUGCCCUGCUGGACGCCUGUGGGCGCCCGGUGCCUAGUAGCCCAGCACUGGAUGAAGGCCUGGUGCUACUUCUCAGCCAACUAUGUGUGUGUGUUGCUCGGGAGCCUUCAUUGCUUGAGUUCUUCUUGCAGCCACCUCCUGAGCCUGGAGCUGCUCCACGUCUUCUCCUGUUUUCUCGCCUUGUCCCUUUUGUCCAUCGAGAAGGCACCUUGGGCCAGCAGGCUCGUGAUGCUCUACUUCUGCUCAUGGCUUUGUCAGAUGGGAGCCCCACCGUGGGCCGCUACAUCGCAGACCACUCUUACUUCUGCCCGGUGCUGGCCACAGGGCUGAGUGCCCUAUACUCCUCACUGCCCCGAAAGAUUGAGGUUCCAGGGGAUGAUUGGCACUGCUUGCGAAGGGAAGACUGGGUCGGAGUACCAGCCCUUGCACUCUUCAUGAGCUCUCUGGAGUUCUGCAAUGCAGUCAUACAGGUAGCUCACCCCUUGGUGCAGAAGCAGCUGGUUGAUUAUAUUCAUAAUGGUUUCCUGGUGCCUGUCAUGGGUCCUGCCCUGCACAAAACCUCUGUGGAGGAGAUGAUUGCUAGUACCGCCUAUCUGGAACUUUUCCUGCGGAGCAUCUCAGAGCCUGCCUUGCUCCGUACUUUCCUGCGAUUCCUGCUGUUGCAUCGGCAUGAUACCCACACCAUCCUUGACACCCUCGUUGCCCGCAUUGGCAGCAACUCCCGGCUCUGCAUGGUCUCUCUGAGUCUCUUCAGGACCCUUCUGAACCUCAGCUGUGAGGAUGUUCUGCUGCAGCUGGUUCUCAGGUACCUUGUCCCAUGUAACCAUGUGAUGCUGAGCCAGAAGCCAGCUGUGCGUGAUGUGGAUCUUUAUGGACGAGCAGCUGACAAGUUUCUCUCCCUAAUCCCACGCUGCUGUCGGCAUCAUGCCCCCAGCCCACCUCGUUCAGAGCAUGCCUCAUGGGCACGAGGUGGGCCUAGCCGAGAGUCAGGGAGAAGGGAAGACAUCAUGGGUCCUGGAAGUCCAAGUGUUGAUUCUUCUUCAGUGGUAACAGUGCCUCGUCCCUCCACACCAUCUCGUCUGGCUCUGUUUCUCCGGCAGCAGAGCCUAGGCGGCUCUGAGUCCCCAGGUCCAGCUCCUCGCUCCCCAGGGCUCACUGUAUCCCCGAGCUCCAGCCCUGGCCGAAGGCCCAGCCCUGCAGAGGAGCCUGGUGAGCUAGAAGACAAUUACCUGGAGUAUCUGCGUGAGGCACGCCGUGGUGUAGAUCGCUGUGUCCGAGCCUGCCGAACCUGGUCUGCCCCAUAUGAUGGCGAGCGGCCCCCUCCUGAGCCUAACCCUCUCGGCUCCCGGACUAAGAAACGCAGCCUGCUGCCUGAGGAAGAUAGGGACAAUGUGGGGGAAGGGGAGGAGGAAAACCUAGGAAGUCGGGGCCUAGCUGUGGGUGUAGGGGAUACCCCUGGUCACCUACCCCCACCCCAGCUCAAUGGGGUACCAGGGCCAUGGCCAGAGGGAGCCAAGAAGGUUCGUCUGGUGCCACGGCUGGUGUCACAGGAAAGAGUCAGGGAAUUGUUAGAGGGUACCUCGGAGGGCAUGGCAGGACUAGAGAGCUUUGGGCAAGAGCUCCGGGAGCUGGAGGUGGCACUGAGCAAUGGUGGAGCUAGUUCAGAGCCUCCCUUAGAGCCUCCACUACCUCCAGAGGAGGAGGAGGCCUAUGAGAGCUUCACCUGCCCUCCUGAGCCCCCUGGCCCCUUCCUCAGCAGCCCUUUGCGGACUCGCCACCAGCUGCCAAGCCAGCCCUUCACUGGCCCCUUCAUGGCUGUGCUCUUUGCCAAACUCGAGAACAUGCUGCAGAACUCCGUCUAUGUCAACUUCCUGCUGACGGGGCUGGUGGCCCAGCUGGCCUGUCACCCCCAGCCCUUGCUCCGCUCUUUCCUGCUCAACACCAACAUGGUCUUCCAGCCCAGUGUCAAGUCCCUGCUGCAGGUGCUGGGCUCUGUGAAGAAUAAGAUCGAGAGCUUUGCGGCCUCCCAGGAGGACUUUCCUACUCUGCUAUCCAAAGCCAAGAAGUACCUCAUUGCCCGGGGCAAGCUGGACUGGGCUGAGGGUCCUACAGCAGGACCUGCCCCCCGCCGCUCUGAUUCCCUAGUGAGGAGCCGGAGGCCAUCCUUGGGGGAGUUGCUCCUGCGGCAUGCACACAGUCCAACCAGGGCCCGACAGGCGGCACAGGUUCUUCAACCUGGGCGAGAUGGAACAGGACUUGGACUAGGUGGGGCCUCUCCAGGGGCUUCAACUCCAGUUCUGCUCCCCCGGGGCGGGGCUUCUGAGCGCCAAGGUGAGGCUCUGCGAGUCAAGAAUGCUGUCUACUGUGCAGUCAUUUUCCCUGAGUUUCUCAAGGAGUUGGCUGCCAUCUCCCAGGCCCAUGCUGUCACCUCGCCUUUCUUGUUGGAUACUUCAGAGGAGGUGUCUGUUCCUCCCGUCUCAGGCUUUGGGCCCCUCAAUCCUUAAUUUUCUUCCAUGGACAAUCAGGGCCUUCUGUGUCCUAGGUUGAAAUCUAGGACACGGGCUCCUUUUUAUGUUUGGAGGCAGUGGCAAAUGGACUUUUUAAUUUAUUUCAAAUGAAUGUUUUAUGAGAACUUGUUGCAAUAUGUAUAAAAGGGAAUUCUCUA